ACCUAGCUGCGGCAAGCUCAUGGAGAUAAAUUAUUUAUGAGUGGAUUAAAAGAAGCAGCAGGAAAGUUGUGGGUGUUACAAAUAUUUUCAUUUAAGUAUUCUAGUGGGUGAGAUUUGUUUAACUAUCUUUUUUCCUACCUGCUUUAAAAAAUUUGAUUAGGCAUACAGCCUUCAUAAGGAUGACAAAUUGUAUAUUAACUGAAUACUAUAGUGCAUGUGUGAUUUUAGUAGUAUAGCUGCAUUAUUUGCUGUGGGGCAUAGGGGGAAGCAUGUCUGUCCAAAUACGGAGUAAAGAUAAAGUAGAUGCAGCCGUUUGCCUCUUUUGAUUGGCUGCCUCAUACACGUUGUGGAAGAAACCAGGAAGAGAAACAACUACACAUUGUUACAUGGAGCAGGGCAAUGACAUGAAGAGUCCGAGUCAGUGCAGACAGAGGACCAUCUCGUUGCAAAGUCCCCUGGGAAAGAUCCAAAUCAGCGGAUGUGAAAAUGGUGUGCACACCAUCCAGAUCCUAAUGGAUGUUCCACCUGCAGAAAGGAGUGGUGAUGCCUCCCUAAGCUGUGUGGUCACUGUUAGCAAUGGCCAAGAGCAAAUGGGCCCAGAGUUGCAGCACUGCGUGGAAUGGCUUCGGGCCUACUUCAGCGAGCCGUGGACCGUGGGGAGGCUCCCACUCCCAGUCUUUCACCACCCCACCCUGCAUGGAGAUGCCUUCACCAGCCGGGUUCUGCAGACUCUUGUGCGGGACGUGAAGGUGGGAGAGACGGUGUCGUAUAAGCGGCUGGCUGAGAUGGCAGGAAACCCCAGGGCCGUGAGAGCUGUGGGAGGGGCCAUGAGGAGGAACCCGGUGCCUCUUCUCAUCCCCUGCCACCGCGUCAUCUCCAGCAGUGGUCAGAGUGGGAUGUACAUGGGCGGCAAAGGUAACCAUCUCAAACAAUGGCUGCUCACCCACGAGAAGGUCAAAGAGGAAGACUGAAGCAUAAUGAAGUGAUAUAGUAAGACCAGUGUGGGAUUAUAUUUUACAAAGCAGGGUUGACAUGUUAUCCAGACAACUUCUAUAUCCAUUCUGAACACUACUUCCUGAAACAGUUAAGAGCUUUCUUUGUGUUAUAUGGGUGAAAACCAACUAUUAUUUCUGACUGUUUAUCACAGUAAGCAAGCUAACUCCUUUAUCCUGCUUUGUGAAAUACAACAGUAAGCAAGAUGCGAUGUCAACAAUGAACCACAGCUGAGGAAACCUGUACAUAGUUGCGUGACAUGUGCACAUGGGGCGGCUUCACAAUUGAAAUGUGUGUCAGCUGUGCCUUAUUUUGAAAAUGCUGUCUAUAACCCAAGGGAGAGCUUUCAUGUUUUGAUUUUAUAUCUGCUUCUGUUCUGCUUUGUCCAACUGUCCAGUCUGUGUUCUAAUUGAAUUCAUGUGAAAGAAUAAAGUGGAGGUUUAAGGGAG